AAAACAGGUGUCAUUUUUAACUUGGUUUGACGCAAGAAAACGAUAAAGUUUCAUCCUGCCGAAAGACCAAAGUCCUGUUAAAAUGGUUUCUAUUUUACCCCAUAAUACCAGACAUUCGAUUGUCUAAGCCUCAUCCGCCGUUUUAAAUCCUUCUCUAAAGUUUUGACUCAUUUUUUUUUUAUGGAACAAAAAAUUAAAGCUUUUAUAGUAUAUAUUUAAAAAAAACUGCUCAGCGGUUUGAGAAAAAAUUUUUUUAGAAAGCAAAUUAUAAAUCGCAAGGCAACUGAGAUAUCCAUCCAUCCAUCUGCUUUUCCAUAAAACAAUACGCAAAUACAUAUCAUAUGAUCGACAGAAGUGCAUUGAUAUAACACUAGAUUCGAUUUCAUAAAUAUUGCGUUUUUACGUGCACACUAAUUUUUGGUACUAAAUCUAUUUCCUUUGGUCAACACGACUGUAUGUAGGUCAGGAAGUCCAGCUGUCCGUCACGUCACAAAGCGACAAAACAAAAGAUCGGAAGCUGUCCAAACUACAUCCUUUAUAUAUUAAACUGUGUCAAUUCAUCCAUCUAUAGGAUGUUACGGGAAUAUUGCGUUUGCUUCGUGUGAAAAUUCAAAUUUCAGUAGUUUUAGGAAAGCCAAUAAAAAGCUAAAGAAGAUAUAACUUAAAUUAAAACAAAAAAACCAAAAAAAAAAGCAAAAAAAAAAAAAAAAACAACAAAAAAAAGAAAGAAAGAAAAUCCGAAAUAUUAAGAGUUAGAAUUAAUUACAGGAAUAUAUUUCAUGACAAAUUCACAUUCUUUCUGCGCAUUCUUUUUAAUCAAAAUAUAUAAGAGUAAAUAUAUCAAAUUGUUAUCUGAGAAAUAUUAACAAAACUCCGUACAUGAACGAUAAAUAAAUAGAGAUGUUCUUGUAUGUUUGUUUUCUUUAAGAGGCCGCGGGAGAUUUUGAAAAACUUUUUCUGAAGUCCAGAGGACGGACAACAUGGAUCCUUCUGUUUCCCGAUGGAUUAUCUGGAUUUCUUUCCUGUGUCUUGUGGUUCAUUCUACAGGUGAAGAGGACUGCAAGAAGACGAUAAAAGGACUAGAAUAUCGUGGCAAAAUAUCUACCACUACCUCCGGCCGAACUUGUCAAAGAUGGGACUCACAGUCACCCCACAGCCAUUCUGGGUACGCCGAACAUCUACCGGGAGGUGCCAGUUCUCACGAGAAUUUUUGUAGAAACCCCAAAGAUUCGUGGGAAAAAAGGCCUUGGUGCUACACAACGGAUAGACGAAAACGAUGGGAGUACUGCGAUGUUCCCUUUUGUGGAAGCUUGGUAAAUUCAAUAACCCCCAACCAGGGCAGUCUGUGUGGGGAGACGAGAAUUCUGAUCAGGGGGGAGGGGUUCUCCAAGGACAACAUCAACGAGGGAAACAAAGUUCGCCUGGUGUCCUCCUCCAUGUCGUACGACUGUCCGGUCAACAAAGACGGAACCACCGAGGAAGACAUUCUCUGCUUUACCAAGCCUGGGAUGAAAGCUGAUUACUAUUAUGUGAGAUUGAAUGUUGAUGGAGAGGAUGUCCCCAUAGUGAAUCAUUGUAGAUAUGCCACUGAUUUUAGAUGUAGAUUUCAGGUGAGAAGUUACAAUACUCCAACAAUUACCUCUGUCGAGCCUAGCUCAGGUCCCCCUCAGAGUAUACUUGAAAUCCAAGGAAGAAUCGUGACCGACCUUUUUGAUACCAAUGUGGUUGUGGCCACCAAUGGGAGGUCGGAAAAAGUCACCAGAGUUUACGCUGGCCCUCAACUUUGCAGCCUAAAGACUGACAAUGAUGUAUUCUUUGGAUUUUCUCUGAAUCAUGAAAAUACCUGGAAUGGUCGUAUGAAAUGUAAAAUGAAUGGACAGUUUGUUGGUAAUCAAAAUGUCAGUUAUAUCGUGAGCGGAGCUUUUGGAAGGGCCUGCAGACCACAUUCGCUGUACCUGAGCAGGACCAAACAGCUGUAUCUGUUCCAGUCGUUUGCCGAGAUAACGUCUGUCCAUCCAUCUGUCGGCAGUGUUCGUGGGGGCACCAUGGUCACAAUCACUGGAAAGAACUUUGACCAGACAAGAUUGCCUGCCAAAGUGAAAAUAGCAGGUCAAAACUGUGAGGUCAGAUCCCUAACAGACACAAAGAUUGUUUGCAAGACUCCAUCCAAACCUGAUGUCAUCUACAGCAAAUUUCCAGGAAAUCGUGGAUUAUUGUUGGAGAUUUGGAAUAAGACUGGUCGAGAUAUAGAUCGUCUUCAUGAAGUCCUAGACUUCCAUGAGAACAUGACUGACUACAUCAAAUCCCACACGGAUAGGACAAAAUACUAUGAUAACACGUAUCAGAAUUUUGUCACCAGACACAGUGGGUUCUUUGUACCUCCUUGGACGGGAGAUUACUCUUUUGCCAUGAAGGCUGAUGACAUUGCGUUACUUUACUUUAGUAAUACUACAAACCCGAAUGAUACAAGACAACUUCUGAAGGUCAGAAGGUAUGCUCCAAGUUUUUUCAAAUAUCCAGAUGAACAGAUAUCAAAGAAAAUCAGAUUAUCAGCGGGAAACUCAUAUCGCAUGGUAAUAUUGCACAGAGAUUACGGGGGACCAGGGAGUGUAGACCUUGCUGCCCGCUUCCAUCAGACAGAACUGACCAAUCAGAGCACAUCGUUUGCCGAACAAGAACAUCAAAUAAUAGCAGUCAGAUCGACAGUCGUGAGAGAGGUCCAGAGUAUCUCACUGGUCACUGAAGAUGUUCGACCUGGUGUCUAUGAAGUUCAGAAAGUUCAAAUUUGCGAUCCACUGCAGAGUGGUGCCCCUUUGAUGUUUAGGCUUGGAUUAUAUAAUGUGUAUACAGAUAUUUUAACUUCCCAAAGCACAACAAGAAGCAUCUCAGAUGCCUUGAAGUCUCUGCCAUUGUUUGAUUCUCAGGAGCAAGUGAAUGUUGUUAAUAAGACUCUGAUUGAUGGAUGCUUAACCAUUUUUGUCAAGUUCAUCUCAAAUAGAGGUGACUUUGAAGAUUUGAAGGUGAUCAUGAAGAGCACAGGGGUGACAGUAAAUAUCACUGUUGAAGAAGUCCUCGCAGGGGAAGCAACUGGUGAACACUUCACCUUACAGAUGGCAGGAGUUAUCUCACCAUUGUUGACUGGAAAGCCAAAUGAAUUGCAGAUGGAAGAACAGCUGGGUAAGAUGUUUGUGAGCAGGUGCCCCCGAGUGUUGGGGGACCCUGUCAGUAAGGAGCUCCACUACAGUUUUGAGACAGGAGGUAGACCUGGCCCAAUGUACAGAGGGACCAUAACCUCGGAGGUUGAGGCUUUCUGUGGGAAGAAAAGUAUCCUGAAUCCCAGCUUUAUUUACAAUGACAAGAGUACGAGAAUCACUCUUAGCGAGAACGUCAAAGUGGUCUGCUUUGCCUAUCGUGGGAAGCUACAGGACUUCUUCAAGUUGGGAUUUUCAUACAAGGACAAUGUAGGCAACACAAUAGACAACCAAUAUGUCUACCCAUCAGUCACAUUCAAACAGUCUCCUGGUUGGAACUACAAAUGUUUAGAUAUGUAUACUGAAGUCCAAAAAGGAAAAAUCGGAACAACAUUCAAGGUGUUCCUAAUUGAGGUCAGGAAAGACGACUCUGAAGAUUUCCUUUACUUGGACGAGGUCUAUAUUGGCAAAAAUCCCACUAAUAUGGAUCAAGAGAAUGCGAACCUGAUGAGACUGAGGCCGGUGAUGCCCAGUGGACAGCUGGUAGAUAGAGUCAAUGUAAACAAAACCGAGGAGAAUGGUACCACAGUCUAUCAUGUGGAGUUCAUACCACAGGCCUGCUCCUACAACUUUGCUUUGUUAGCGGGGGUACCCGGGCAGAUUUCCAAUGGGACGGUUCUGAGCGUAUCCCGGCUGUCCUCUGCCUCUCCCCCUGUGAGAGGAAACUUCUCUGUCACCUUUCGCAACAAAACCAUGGGCGGCAUUCCAUUCACUGUGGAUGGGGCAAGGCUGGCAAGCCUUCUACAAUCGGGGAUACCAGAAAUGGGCAACCUAUACACCUACAAACACGGAAAUUGUGCAGGGUUUGACCUACAUGUUGGAUUCCAUUCCAAUGCCGGGGACCAGGAAACCUUACAGGUUACAAGUUAUGCGGAGGGUGAGAACGUAUCGGUUGAAGUGAAGACAAUCAAUGAUGGCAAAGUUUGGUUAAACCCCAUACCCGGGGACAUGUUGGUCACCCCCCACGACACCCCUCAAGUCAUGGCCUACAUCAACGACAUUCCCACCAAGUGCUCCGGGGACUGUUCCUGGGAUUGGUCACGAUCGGCCACGCCCACCAUCCUCUCAGUGUCACCUGACACAGGUUUUCCAACAUCCACAGAGAUUACAAUUAUGGGCACAGGUUUCCAUGGUAACCACACCCUCAAUCGUGUCAUGAUAGGAGGGGUAGCCUGUGUGACAAGUUCGUCCAAUGAUACCCACAUUGUGUGUAGAGUAGGGGACGGAGAAACGGGGACCUUCCCAGUAAUGGUCAACGUGGAGGGGCUCGGGAAUGCGGAGAACACGAACAACAGUGUCACGUUUACCUACCAGUUCAGCAUCCAGUCCAUGGCUCCUAGCUCUGUCUCUCUUGGUGGUGGAUUGAACCUAACCUUGGCAGGAUUUGGAUUCUCCUCCAAGGACGAGGUAUACGUGGGGGGUAAGGCUUGUCAUACCCUGUCAAGUUCCACCACCCAGACUGUGUGUCUCAUCCCCCCUUCUGCGGAGAACAAAACUGCAAGUGUUAUUGUCAAACAAGGGAAUACUGGUACAAAUUUCACUCAUAGUGAAUCUUUGGAGUAUUCUAGUGAGAAUAUGAUUGUGAUUUCCUCUAUCGAGCCCAAUGCAACUUAUGUAGCAGGAGGGACAGAGAUCACGAUACAGGGGUCUGGUCUGAGCAGUAUGGAGUCUGUAAGGAUAGGGGAUGUACCAGUCACCUUCACCAACACUUCAGACACAGAAAUUAAAGUAGUCCUACCCCCCAGACCGGCCGGGGCGUACUCUAUGCAACUCCUAGGGCCCAGUGGACUGGCGGUAGAUAGUGCCAAUGAGGUUCCCUCUGUGGAAUGGAGAUUGACUGUGACUGACAUCAGCCCCCUCCGCGGAUCACUGAGAGGGGGAACCAUGCUGACCGUUCGGGGGGACGGGUUCUCUCUGAACAAGACCAGGAACUCUGUGAUGGUGGGUCGACACCGAUGUGAGGUGGAGACAGCCAAGGUCACAGAACUGACCUGUCGGGUCAAGGAUACGGAACAAGUCCAUCAUGUGGAUAACUCAGGGAUCCAUCCACAGUUUGAACUGAGUGGAUAUGCCUGGAAUCCCCAGUACCUGAUUAUCAAGGUGGGUGACAUAGUGGAGUGGAAGUGGAGCUUCGCCUCUUACAUCACAGGGAUGAAGCCUCGGGUCGUGGAGGUCAAGGAUGAACUGUCAAAGGAGGAGGUUGAAGGAGGAUUCAACAGUGGACCAGGCAGGGAGUCAGGAGUGUUCCGUCAUCAGUUCACUGUGGCGGGCAGGUACUGUUAUUGGAGUGACUUUGUGGACCAGUACAAGACCACGUGGUUCCGGGGGUGUGUCACGGUGGAGGAUCUCAGUUCUUAUGUGGCGGAGAUCAGCGUCAAGGUCAAUGGAUUUGAAGCCGUCUAUGACAGAGUGGCACCACAGUCACCCGCAGUAUCAGCAAUUAGUAUUCAAGGACUGGGAUGUAGCCAAGACCUGACACCAUUGUCAAACUGUUCUGUUCCAGAACCAACUGGAGGGAACCCCAGCAAGUUCAACUUUAAAUUCUGGACAUGUGCCACUCCCAUAGUUACAGGGGUGUCCGAAAGUAAUGGCACAGUUAAUACCAACAUCACAGUACAAGGUACAGGCUUGUCCAAUAAUGACUGUCAGAACGAGAUCAGUUUCGGAGAUGGGAAAUGUGUUGGUGACAGAGACAGUGGACCAGAUGUGGUGUGUAACAUUGAUAACUCAAAUUCUCCUUCAGUUGGACUUCUUCAGCCAAUCAAAGUGAGGCACAAUAACCUUGGGUAUGCUUUGGUGGCCAUUAAUAGUGUUAUGGAAAGGUCAUUUGCCCUGAAGCCUUCUGUGACAGAAGUCAUGCCCUCUAAAGGUUCAGAAGUUGGGGGAUCAGAGAUUCACAUCAUGGGAUCUGGUUUUUCCAUGGAUAAAGAUUUUGUGUCUGUCACCAUUGGAGGGUAUUCUUGUGAUGUAAUGACUGUCAACUACAAUAGAAUCGUGUGCCGUACAAGUCAAGGUCAAGGUGAGAGAGACGUCCAGGUCGUAAUCAGGUCCUCACAAGGUCAACAGAUUCCAGCCGUGUGUGAAGGAACAUGUAAAUUUACCUAUGAUGCAGAUUUUACUCCUCAAAUGACCUCAGUAUCUCCCAUGAUGGUGAAUGGAACAAGUGAUACAACUCUAGAAAUUGAAGGCAGUGGUUUUGGGAACGAAACAGCUGACAUUACAAUUAAGAUAGGAGGAGAAAGGUGUGAAGUGACAGUCCUAUCAAAUUCCUCAGUUCAAUGUACAGUAGGAAAUCUCCCUGCAGGUUCAAAUAACCAGGUGGUUAUGGAAGUGGCUGGGAAAGGUCUAGCCAGAGGAAGCAUCAGGGUGACAGGAAACUCUGUGAUCACAGAAAUCUCUCCUGCCGAGGGAAGCAUCCAUGGUGGAACUCUGAUUUCCAUAUCUGGAAACGGUUUUGUGAAGGAUCAAACCACUGUCUCUAUAAAAGGCAAGCCAUGCAGGAUUGUCAGUACAAGUUUGUCCAGGGUGAGCUGUAUCACACCUUUGAAUGGAAUAGAAGAGAGUGUGAAUGUUGGAAUUAUCUCCAAUACAAUAUCAUACCCAAUGGUGGCCUUUAACUACAGUAACCAAUCCUCACCUAAUAUUUCCUCCAUCAAUCCCACCAAUGGCUCAGCAGGCACAGAGAUUACCAUCACCGGCACUGGAUUUGUCAGUCAGAAGGAAAACAUAACCGUCAGUAUCGACAAAGCGGAUUGUACCGUGAGCUCUUCAUCUGAGACAGAAAUCGUCUGCACUGCCGGAGCCAACCUUAUAGGAUCUUUUCCUGUACUAGUAAAAGUGGAUGGGAAAGGAAACUCAGACAAUCGCUCUGAGUUUGAAUACCAACUGCUAGUUACCUCUAUUUCUCCAAGUACAGGUGGUAUUGCUGGUGACCAGUUAGUGACUAUUUCUGGAUCUGGAUUUGAUAAUUCCACAUCCGUCUGGAUUUGUGACAGAAAGUGUGAGCGUGAUCUCUCCGCCAACCAGUCAACCUCGGAGUUCAGUUGUAAAACACCAAUGGCUGCAGAUGGAAACCUGACUUGUACGGUGAAUUUGACCAGUAAUGGAGUAUCCAGGACCCUAGUAGAUGCUUACAUCUACAACCCCGCCAUUACUCCAAACAUCACCAUGGUAACCCCAGCCAGGGGAGGUACAGCAGGAGGAACUACAUUAACUAUUCAGGGAACAGGCUUUGGAUCUGUGAAGGGUGAUGUGUCGGUGACCAUUGCUGGGACAGUGUGUGAUGUAAACAGUGUGUCUCCCACACAGAUCACAUGUGUGACAAACCAACACAAGAAGUCCGAGAGAGCUAAUGUCAGGGUAGAGGUGGCUGGCAAUGGGAAAGCCAUGCAGAGCUCGGCCGAGUUUUUCUACAUAGAUGUGUGGUCCUCUCCGUUCACCUGGGGAGGCGGUCCUUUACCAAAGGAGGGUGAUUUGGUUGUGAUCACGCCGGGACAGACCAUUUUGCUGGAUGUCAGUACCCCCAAGCUUACCCUACUACUCAUUCAAGGCGGAGCUCUUAUUUUUGAUGAGAAAGACAUCGAGCUGAAGGCAGUGAAUAUCCUUAUAGUACAAAAUGGUCUACUGCAAGUGGGUACAGAGAAAGAACCUUUCCAGCACAAAGCUGAGAUAACUCUGUAUGGGAACCACCGCACCAAGGAGUACCCUAUCUAUGGCACCAAGUCCCUGGCUGUCAGAGAGGGCAACCUUGAACUACAUGGCAAACCUGUUCCAGUAACGUGGACAACACUGGAUGCCACAGCAUACGCAGGGAACUCCACCAUUGUUCUGAGAGAGGCUGUCACAUGGAAAGCCGGAGACAAAGUUGUCAUAGCAACCACCAGUCACAGGCACUCCCAGAAGGAGACGGAGCUCAUGGUCAUCCAGUCGGUCGCCAGUGACAACAGGACCGUGACCUUGACACAGCCACUGAAGUAUGAACAUCUCGGGGUCACAGAGACCUUUGAUGGCACUGACGUGGAGUUCAGAGCAGAAGUGGGGAUGGUUUCACGGAACAUAAUUGUACGAGGGGAUAGCAAUCCAGACUUUGUGGAGAAAAUUGAAGCUUGUCCAGAUGGCUUUGAUACAGGUGAAUUUGCCACGCAGACCUGUUUCCAAGGUCGUUUUGGAGAAGAGAUGGGAAGCGAUCAGUUUGGCGCCCAAAUCAUGAUCCACUCACCCAAAAAUUCUGGAAGUAUGUCACAUGCUCGUCUGGAAUAUGUGGAAGUGACCCAUGCUGGUCAAGCUUUCCGACUGGGAAGAUAUCCCAUUCAUUUCCAUCUGAAUGGAGAUACAAAUGGAUCCUAUGUCAGAGGCUGUGGAAUCUAUAACACAUUCAACAGAGCUAUCAAUAUUCACGGAUCACAUAAUGUUCUGGUAGAAUACAAUGUGGCCUAUAACGUGAUGGGCGGAGCCUUCUUUUUCGAGGACGGAAUCGAGACUGGUAGCACAGUGCAAUACAAUCUGCUGAUGUUUGUGCGAGAAUCCAGCAGCCUUCAGAAUGAUGAUAUAACCCCUGCUGCCUACUGGGUCACUAAUCCAGACAACACCAUCCAGCAUAACCGGGCAGUGGGUGGCACUCAUUUUGGAUUCUGGUACAGAAUGCAUGUACAUCCAGAUGGCCCGUCCUUUGACAGCAGUAUUUGUCCUCAACGUAUUCCUGUACGUGUGUUCAGAAACAACACGGCUCACUCCAACGGCUGGUUUGGUCUGUGGAUUUUCACCACCAUCAAGACUAGAGUGGGAGGAGGAUGUGGGUCAAGCACUCCUGCCAUGUCUUUGUUUGAAUCCCUCACCGCCUGGAACAAUGAGAAAGGAGCAGAGAUUGUGAAUGGGGGAGCAUUGGAAUGCAGGGACUUUGUGCUGGUAAACAACCAGAAGGCAGGAUAUGAAGGGAAACUGCUCAUUGAGGGCGACCAGCUUUUUAAGGAUCUGCUUAUUGUUGGUCAUGCUCCAAGUCUAACUCGAAAAGAACAGGGCUGUACAAGAGCUGGCUUCAUUCUGCCCUAUGGAAAUGGGCUAACAUUAGAUGGUAUCCGCUUUGUGAAUUUUGAUGAGAGCAAUUGUGUUGGUGUUGAUUUUGCAAGGAUUGAUGGAACAUGCAAAGUGCAUUGUGGAGGAUUUUACUAUGAGACGAAAAAUCUCAAGUGGGUGUCAGCUCCCAAUAAAGGAACAUACCCAUGGCCAUGGGCUGGAGUCCUGAAAGAUUUGGAUGGAACUCUGAUAGGUGAAACUGGAGAUCCAGCCUCCAUUGCAGCCAAUGUAGGAAAAAGUGUCAUUUCAGCUUCAGACACAUUGCCACCUACCUGUGUGUCAUUUCCCAAGUUCAGUAAUUUCAAUGGAAGCACUCCAGCUAGAGUUUGCCCACCAGGGAUCAAAUACCAUCGGUUCUCCUUCAAUGGCAUUAGUCCAUCCUCUUUAGAUUUCAAAGAUUUUGUGUUUAAGAAUCGCUAUGGUAAUGACUCUGUUCCGUGGAGGAAGAAGGCUAUAACACACAAACUUGGCUGGAUGAUGGUGUUUGUGGAUGGAGAGGAAUACUCCUAUUAUUUUAAGGAUGCAGAUCAGAUAACAAACAUUAGCUACACUGGAAGAUUUGAUAGGUUUCCUAAGAAUAACUCUGGAGGAUAUGAGUACGUCAUCAUGCGACAGAAAGUCUCGAGGAGGCCAGACCGGUUCUUCCUGGAUGGGAGCACUAACAUUGAGCCCACUCGCAACAUCGAUGGAAACAGUGAAUAUGGGCAAUGGGAAUAUCUUCCAAAUGACAGCGAGAUUAAGUACAUCAUUUCCUCCAAUAAACCUGCCUCCAGACGAAGGCGCAGUGUCGUGGACUUCAAUGAUUACGGUGUGAGUUUCCGUGCCUACAAGUGCUACUACGUGGACUGUAAGCCCCCCGUUGACCCCAACACUGUACCCCCCGUCACAAGCAGACCCUACGACUUCCAGUACUGGUCAGAAUCCUACACAUGGGCAAGUGGCAACCUUCCCCAAGAUGAUGACAAUGUCACAGUCGGUAAAGAUCAAUGGGUAGUAGCUGACAUGGCAUUGCCACGGAUGGGUAAACUGGUUCUUUAUGGAGUACUAGAACUAGACGAUGCUAACGGCACCAGGAACUUUGAGCUGAACUGUACCUACAUUGUAAUCUUGGGAGGGCGUCUGAUCAUUGGAUGGCCAGAUAAACCGUUCCUUGGUCAGGCCCUGAUUCUGCUACAGGGGGAGCACUCUACACCGUACUUCCGCACCACCUCUGGCCCACCGCUUGGAUCAAAGGCAAUAGGCGUGUUUGGUGGCCUUGACCUUCAUGGCAAAGACGUCGGAACUUCCUGGACGUUGCUGGCCCAAACAGCCAAUCCUGGCGACAGCCAGAUCACCUUGGCAACAGCAGUCACGUGGAAGGUUGGGGAGGAAAUCGUCAUUGCUCCCACAGAUUUCUCCAUUUGGGAAAAAGAAACGUUUGCAAUAACUGCAGUGUCCAAUGGGGGAACAACCCUGACUCUGAACACCACAGUACAGUUCAAACAUAUUGCCCAUACAGAGACUGCAGGCAACGAGUCGAUGACAAUGGCGGCUGAGGUUGGUCUGUUGACCAGAAAUAUUCGUGUAGAGGGGGCCAGCUACAACAAACUGUACAGCCAGUCUUUUGGGGCCAGAAUUCUGGUCAGCCAAACCCAGGACCCAACAGAUAGCAAUCGUCUAUUAGUAGGCUAUGCUCGCAUCUCCAAUGUGGAGUUUUACCACUCUGGACAAGAAGGCUGGGUGGCACCCUUUGAUGGCCGCGGCUCCAUAGCUUACAUCGACGCUGGUACUGUGUCCAAUAUAAAGCCGUCCUAUGUAAAGAAAUGUGCCUUCCAUAAGGGCUUCUCACCGGCCAUCAUGGCCUAUGCUACCAACAAACUUCCAAUUGAAGACAAUGUGAUAACAGACACUGUGUGGUUUGCUGUUGAAGCAAUGGGAGAUGGAUCCAUCAUCAGAAACAACUUUGUGACCAAGGUUCAAUGGGAGGGAUCUUAUCAAGGUCGUAGGGAGAGCUCAAACUUCCGAUAUAACGGGGCAUUCAACUUGGAUAAAGCCACCAAUCUGGUUUUACAAAACAACCAUGUUGGGGGAGCAGAGAGGCUGGGAUUCCGGACCACUGGGGAACCCUGUGGUGUCUCGUCUGCAGACUCUUGGACGGGCAAUGUCGCCCAUACUGCUCUGGUUGGGGUCGGCUUGCUUACUAUCAAUCCUUUACCAGGUUAUCUUAAACAAUGCACAAUGUAUGCUAAUUUCACUGUGUGGAAGAAUUUCGAUUAUGGGAUUUUCUACCAAGGCUCUGCCAGCUCCUCUGUAAGAAAUCUGAAGGCGGCUGACAAUGGAGUCAGUGUGUUCCAAUUUGUCGAGGGUCCACCAUCCCUUUCACACAGAUUCCAAGACAAGUAUGCGAAUGUGAUUGACUCCCUGAUUAUCGGUACAUCAGACGAGCUGAAUUGCUCUACUGCUAGGGGUGACAGGUCUGAUUUCAACUUUAUCAAAAGCCGAGAGAAAAUAAAAAGUCACAGUUUUCCUUUACGUGUUGGCGUUACCAUGCCAACAUUUACCUCUGGGGGCAAUGCUUGCCCCAACAUGCCUUGUUCUGGAAUAAUGUCCUACCAAACCAUCAAAGGAAUAUUUCGCUUGCAAGAUGUGACUUUCUCCAAGUUUUCCAACAAAUGUAACAGUCGGGGGGAUCGAGCCGUGGCUCCUAAUAAAGAAAACGAUGAUGGAAACCACCCAUUUAUAACAGAGAGAAUUCAGUUCCACAAUAUGGCAGAGGAAAAUAAGAUUCUGUACUGGAGAUCUGAUAUAGGGAAGAUUGACUCGUCCAACUGUGUGGACAUGGCCUGUGACGCUAAGGUCAAGUGUCUCCUACAGGAUCUAGACGGGACGUUCCUCAGCUCCCCGGGAUUUGUCAUCCCCCAAUCGGAGCAUGAAUGGAAUGGAAAUCCCAAGAUGGGAUUAGGGGAUUACAGAAUCCCAAAAGAGAUGCUUGUGAGAUCUAAUGGGAGCAGAAUUCCUGUUGCAGAGAUAGCUCCUCACAAAGGAAUCAUCAGAUCCUCUUGUCAGUACAAAGGCGCCUGGCAGGCUUACGAGUGCCAUGAACUAAACUACAAGACACUAGUCAUUGAGAGCUUGGACGCCGACACAGAGACCCGCCGUCUGUCCCCAGUCGCCAUUCUGGGUGACAGAUACCUGGACCUGAUUAACGGACCCCAGGACCACGGCUGGUGCAGUGGCUACACCUGUAGGAAGAGACUGUCCACCUUCCAAGCCAUCGUAGCUACAGAGAAAGAGUUCUUGUUGCACUACACAAGUACCUCCCCUCAGAAAUCUCGCUUUUUCUUGCUGGAUGCCAAUCCAAAUGACUGUAUUGUCCUGUCUGUGUGGUACUCUAAGCCCUGGAGAUUGGACGUCUACCAUGAUGGCAAUUUCAUCCUGCCUCCAAAUGCUCGGUUUGAAGGGGCCGACAGAAAAUAUGUUGUAGACCCACCUCCUGUCGGACAGCCAGACUACUACAAGCCAAACGUCACAGGAUGCGCACUCAAAUCUGGGACCAGCUAUUUCAACAGAGAUACUGGUAUCAUUACUUUGAUGAUCAAAGGGCCAGCUCCAGUGAGGAUUGUAACAGUGAAGACAGUUAUAGUGUCCUUCCAACUACCAGCGAUGCCAGAGAACGAGUUUUAUGGGGAGAAUAUCAUCAUGAAUCUGGCCUCCUUCCUUAACAUUGAUGCCAGUCGCGUGCGAAUCACAAAGAUUGUGAGGGAGACAUCAUCAGUCAGUGGACGCAGAAAGAGAGCCACCGGUAGAAUCACAGGGGUGGAAAUCGAGAUCAGUAAUCCUCCUUCUCAAGAGCUUAACACAACAGCAAGUGCCGGUGAUCUGUCGACAGAAGAGUUACAGAACAUAACCACAACCAUUGUAAAUGACGUACAGGCUGGAUCCACCUUACUCAACCUCCUGAACUCCACAGGGGUGGCCAUUGCCGAACCGCCCCCAGAUCCUGAGGACCCAAAUUGGCAGGUGGUACUCUCGGACACCAAUAUCGCUUUACAAACACUGGCUCAGCCUAGCGAGAUGAGACUGUCCAAUACCAUUGUACCAUUGCAUGAAGGUGCUCCAUUCUCCACUCAGCCUAAACUUCAAAUAUAUGAUAGCAGCGGAACUGUUAUUGAUAAGCUGGGAACCAAUAUAAAUCCAUGGCAGAUUACAGCAUCCAUUGUUAGUGGCACCGGUAAUGCAGCUAGUCAACUGACUGGAACCAUCACUGUCCCAUACCAAAACAGCUGGGCAAACUUCACAGACUUGGCCAUCAGUCAUUUCGGGGAUGAUUAUGGCCUGAAUUUUACAGUUACAUAUCCAGCUGGUGUAAAUUUGUUUACUUUGACCAACUUUUCACUACCAAGACGGCCUCUCAAGGUCAAUGCCAUGAGCAUUCCAACCACUGUUGUCGCAAAUUCCAGUAUUUCUCUAGUGAUAAAGCUGGAAGAUGCAGUUACAAGCCAAAUUAUUGAGCAAACUCACUGGCGGAUAACUGACUGGGAAGUGUGCGUUACAUUGGAUGGACUGGAGUUCUACAAAGGAAAACAAUUUGGAGAGCUCAACACAAAAUUCAAUGCUACCACGGGUCUGGCUACUUUGUCAGACAUCAGAUUCACUGAACCAGGCAUGGUGAUCCUGAAGAUAGGCGUGACCUCUGUUCCUGCUGAAUAUUCAUUAGAAACUCAGCUCCUGAUCAAUAUUCGCAGAGCAGAUCUGUAUGCCUCCUCCAGCAAUAGCAGCACCCAGAUGCUGCAGCUGAGAUUUGAAGCCGACUAUAGCUCCAUUGUUGCAGCCGGAUACCAGCUACAGUUCGAGACUGUGAUCGGGAACUUUCUGAUCAGGCGUUAUCCAGAUAUUGAUCUGGAUUCUGUCCAAAUCGAUAGUGGAGGCGUAACAAUCACGUAUCAAAUCACAUCGGGAGGAACCCUCCAAACAAACGGCACACUGACCUUGUGUGAUGCUUUGGACGACGGAACUAGUGAAAUUUUUGGAUUGUUGAAUUUUAUUACUUUAAAUUAACUCCCCAGCUGAGCUUUGUUGAUGAAAAUUUGUCCAAUGUCUGCAUUUUCAUUUCAUUUUUUUUUUUUGGAAUAGGGGAUCACAGUUUCCAACAAUGUUUGCUUAAGCUUCCUUUGACUUUCUCAAGUUUUUUUUUUCUUCAAAGGAGGUGGAAAGGGCAACAAUAAGGAAUGAAAUUAAGAAAAGGCAGUUCAAAAAUCUUUCAAAACUUUUAGGUCAGUAAUUUAUUAGAUACCAAAAUUUCACCACAAUUUCUUAAAGAUAGAAUUCAUGACUCCAAAAAUAGGAAAGAGUGACUGCAAGGAAACUUCUUUCUGUAAACAGAAAAUUUAUAUAGUUUUAAAGGAGAGCAGGCUUGUUUAGUUAAGUUUCACAAAUAUUGGUUGCGCAGGUGAGCAAUGUGGCCUAUUGAUCUGUUAUUAAAUAUCUGUGUUUACGGGUAUGUGGAAAUCUCAGGAAUAUACUGAUAAUUAAUGACAUGUAAAUUGUUAAUUUCAUCUCAUGAUGCAAAGACAUGUAUAUCACAAGAUACUGACCUGGCGAUGUCGUAUAUUCUAGUCAGUUGAAAAAUAUUUACAUUUGCAUUCUUGCUUUUCUUGUCCAUGUGUAGAUCAAUGUACAUGUACAACAUUAAACUAGCUAAUUAGAGUAAGAUUACAAUAUGUACCUUUUCUUGGAAAUCUUGAAUAUAUUACAUGUAUUAUCAAAAAGUAAACUACUGUGUAAAGAAGGAGAAAUAUUUGGUGAAGAUUUAAAUUUCGCUAUUUUAGUGGAAAGUAUUAAUCAACAAUGCAUUUUAGAGAUUACGAUAUGACGAAAAGGUUUUAUUUGGUUUAAAAACAACAAAGUUUUCACCCAACGAAUAUAUGUGCUUCUACAAUAAUUGCAAUCCACUUAAUACAACACAGAUUGUCAUAAAAUGUAAAAGAUCACAUCUUUCAUUGAUCAUUACUUGCACAACAGAAAAGAGGAGGAUGAUUAACCUUAAACUCUCUACUUGCAGCUAGAUUAAACCUGAUGGUCCAAUAUUUGGAAAAAUAUUAUACUAUAAGUAGUGACAUAGCCAUAUUAUUAUACCAUCUGUCUUUAACUCAGGAUUUGUUCACAGAACAUUGACUUAAGAUUGUGAAAAAUUAUUUCAGUGAUCAAAAUGUAUUGUCUCAUCAUGUUAUGUAUGAAAAAAGCAUAUUCAACUGAAGCCAUUAUCUAUUUGAUAUGUCCAUCUGUUCAUUUUAUAUGAUUUUUUUACAGUUGUCUUUGGAAAUAAAUGCUCUUGCUUGUCUUGGUCAA